AAUCCUUGGAAAGGGAAGCUUGACGGCGGAGGUUUCUGGAGAAACUAAAUUGACGGCGGCGAGGUGGAGGAAGGAGGCGGGACUGUUAGUCGGAGUUCUCCUUGUUUGGAUCAUUGGCUAAUGUGGGAGCAAUGGUUGGUGCAAUUGCUAGUGGUCAGAUUUCUGAAUACAUUGGGCGCAAAGGGUCACUGAUGAUUGCUUCAAUCCCAAAUAUCAUUGGAUGGUUGGUCGUAUCAUUUUCGAGAGAUAUCUCAUUUCUGUACAUGGGGCGACUGCUGGAAGGUUUUGGUGUUGGUAUUAUUUCCUACACGGCACAGUGGUAGAUACUAAAAUAUGUCACCCAACCGAUUUUGAUUUCUUUCUAUGCAGUCAUGCUGGUAUUCAGGGAACCAGCAGACCAGCUCAUUACCAUGUUCUCUGGGACGAUAACAAAUUCUCAGCUGAUGAGAUACAAUCUCUAACGAACAAUCUCUGUUAUACGUAAGCAGACCCCCCAACUAAUAUUAGAAGCAAGGGAAACACUAGAAGAUUCUGGGCAGCAACUAUUAUUUUUUUUUUUUGUUGGGUGUCAAGAGAAACCGUUAGAUGGAAUACAUUGUUGUAGAUAUUUCAAGCUUUUGUAUUGUAAGAUUUAUGAAGGUACUGCCUUUAUGUAUUUAGUCUUAUUGAUUUGA